AUGUCGGAGGAUGACACAGUCAUUGGAGAUGACGAUUUGUUAGUGUAUUCGGCUUGCUGCUGUUGCUUCUCAGGCGUGGUCUCGUCGGGCUCUUGCUGCGGUUGUGCAUCAGAGGACGCCUGCCUGUGCUGCUCAUGCCAGUUUUGUUGCAAGACUGGGAGGACUUGUUUACCGUGCUGCUGUUGUGACAUGAACUGCUGCGCGUCCCCUACAUGCUACAAAUCUCGCAGGCAGUGCUGCUGCUUUGUUACGGCGUUCGCGAUUCCUUGCGACAAGAAAGUGCCCUGUCUCUGCAAUUUGGCGUGCCUGAACCGCUACCCCCAGGUUGGCUGCUGCAUGACUUUGGUGGAUGCUCGACAAGCUCCAGAGUCAUAUUGCUUUGCGGCAAUGAGGGCCAUCCUUAUUGGAUUCUUUGAGGCCGGUGCUCUGACAUCACUCUUCGCUUGCUACCUCCGGCAUAAGUUGCACCAGUACACUGAUACAGAUACGAGUUUCGUCGGCAUACUUCUUGAUCGUGUGGGUGGGCAGUCGUGGCAGCAGAUCGUCUUUUGGAAGAUCAUGAACUUUCUGUUUGAUGCCUCGAAGUACCCAGACGAGAUGGAGCAAGGGCUCGACCGCAUGUUUGCAUUCGGGUGGCAAACGUCGCUCGUGGCACUGGCGCUUUUCAUUGUGUCCUGGUUUUGCUGUGGUCCACAAAAUUCGGGGUACCACGAGAUGCCAGCAACACAGGAGGAGGACGUGCAGAGAGAAGUGUCCAAUCAGUCCAAUGGCGUGAGAGGUCGGGAUCCGAGGAACGUGGAAAGGGUCAUCACGGUCGUCGACGAAGACUCAUGGCGCAGUGACAGUGAAGAUGGUUCGGGGAGCCAUUCCUGGCGGGGCCAGUGCUGUGGCCAGGCUGCUCGUGAGGAAUGCGAAGAGGCGACAGCUGAGGAUUCAGGGAGUGAACAGGAUUCGGGGAAUGAAGGACGUUCUGUCCUGACGCCUUUCCUUCUCUGUCUACUGAUCUUCAUUGGAAUCGCCACGACAGCAGCCGCUACAACAAUGGCUACAAGGAAAGAGCAUCCGACAAGCGCCACAAGAACCAUGACGACAUCCACAGGCACCACAAGAACCAUGACGACAUCCACAGGCACCACAAGAACCAUGACGACAACCACCAUUCCGCCCAAGGAUUACACGUGCGUUCAUGAUGGCAUGUGCAGGGUCAGGCAUCCUUACUCUUGUGAUGACCCAAUGUUUCAGCCCUGCUGGGAAGACAAUUUUGAUUUCGAUGUCCCUUCAUACAUUCGGGAUUUGCACUCGUGCAAGAGGGAAUGCGAUCGAACCUUAACUUGCACGGGAGUGUCUUUUGGUAAAGACAGCACAUGUGUACUAUGGAGCAACGGGGCCUGUGACGUUGAGCGUGACAAUGGAAUGGUCUGGGAUCACAGUUCCGAGGCCACAACCUGCACUGUGCAACAGGCAAGGAGUUCAAAUAAGGGGUCACAUGGGAAUUUCCUUGGCUCGAGGGCGUGA